UAAAUAUUUCUGUGAUUUUUAAAGUUUUAUAUAAUUUAAAUUGAUUUAAGUACUGAUAUAGUUUACAAAUUCGGACUUAAAUAACCCCAUUAUUAAUGAAUCUGUCAAGAGAACUCGAUUCAUUGGCACUUGAUUAAUGACGAGACUAAUCGAAUUCAUCAAUCGGAUAACUUGAUUACAUUACCUUAAUGAUAUUCUAUUAAAACAGAAAAUUACUUUUCCAGUGGCAUUCCAAUGUAGCACGUUUUUCAUUGCCAUCGUGUUUAUUUACUAUAGUAAGCUUUGAUAACAGUGUUUAAACAGAAUAAUAAGCAGUGUAUUAGGUCCUUAUAUUCUAAAAUUGGAUAUAUUAAAGUUAAUUUAAACAAGUAUAAAUAUUUUGAUAAUGUUCGCUACCUAAUUUACUGUGUGUUUUUGAUAAUGCAUGAAAAUUGCAAUGUUAUUUUUUAAGUCAAGGCUAAAAGCUAAAAUCUUGAAUGGAGAUUCACGGAAAGAUCGCGUAUUCGUCGGCUAAUUCCAACGGAUUGACCUUUCUUAGGUGAUAUUAAAAUGCAUAAAUAUAUAUAUAGCUUAAUUUGAUUUUAGCUGUAAAUCAGCGUGACCUGGUUAAUUCUAUUCAAGGAUUACUAAAUUUGAAAUAUCAGUCAUUUAAAAAAAUGCACGAAAUCGGGAUAUGCCAUUUCAAUUGAAUACUUAGAUCUAUUAUAUCGAUGAAAAUAUGAUUUUGGGAGAAAAAAAAAAUAAUACAGAGUUCCUAAUGAUAAAGAAAAUAGUGAAAAUGUGAUAAACUGGAAUUAAAAGAAUAAAAUAGCUCUUGAAGCGUAGUGAAGCUAUAGUCUUAAUCUUGGACAUUGACUUAUAUAUUGGGAAAACUUGGAUUACAUUGGAAUAUAAAGUAAAGAAAAUGAUACAAAUACAUUAUCGUUAUAUUUGAUGUGAUAAGGAUUUUCGGGACUCCAGGAAGAAUGUUCUUUCCAAAAAUACCAACUGGCAUAAGCCAAAUGGUUUACCCAGAAAAGCCCUCGCCGAAACAGCCGUGGAGGUUGGGGGAUGGACAUUCAGCUACUUCUGGAGGGAAAAGAUUUAGGGUUGGUAAACAUCCAACUGACAGCUUUUGGAAAGACAAUAUCGAGCAGUGGGUCCAGUCUGAACAUGGUAAUCAUGCAGAGGAGUCAGCUCGCAAUCAGCAGCCUCAUAAUCGAGACGAACAUGAAAAACCUGCGAAUGCGCAUGACCGGAAACACAUGUGCUCAUCCCAUAAUUCAGAAAAUACAGGAAGCGUUGUGUUGUCAAAAGAAUUUGUGCAUCAUCAGGGAUUUCUAGGGAGCCAGGAUAGUCAAUCUACAAAUUUAAAAUACAAAUUUGGCAAGAAAAAGGCAAGUACGAAAGAAAACAAUCAGCCAAGCACCUUCAAACCAAAAGGUUUUGGUAGCUUGUAUGAUGAACUUGAGUUUGAAAGACGCUAUAAGAAGGUAUUUGAUCUCAAUAAACAUAUUCACUUUGUCCAUUCAAACUUUGUCAGUGGACAAAGAGUUUACAAAAGAAAUAAACUGCCACCUAUCGGACAUAUUCCAUCAAUCGGUUCUGAUCCGACUGACAGUCAGGAUAUCUUCGCAAUAAUGUCAGUGCAAAGAUUCAAUCACCCCGACGACACAGACUUCCAGAAAGGCUCUGCAAGCUCAACCGGAAGAAGUCACCCACAAGCUUCCGAUGGAAUUUCAAGAAGGCACCAGUUUAAACGAAGUCUUGAAAUAUCUCAAGAUCUUAAUGUUCCUGUAGGGUUUGUUCCCGGAACCAUUAAAAGUACAGGAAAUUCCCCAUUUGCUGGCGUGAACGGAAAUGUUAUGCAAAAAGAAGGUUGUUAUCGUCUAUCUAUGGCAUCUAGGGAAAACGAUAGUGCGCUUGGAACUCUGUCAGAAGACACAAGUAGACCUGCAGGCGGUGAUGAUCUUUCUUGUUCAGAGAGGUCUGCAAAGUCGGUGAGAAGCAGAGGCAAAAUACGACUAAAUAGCGAUGAUACAAAACCAAAACACACAAAAAAGAACCGGGUCUCGUCUAAAGAAAGGGGACAUUUGAGAUCUACGUCUAGAACUACCACAAACACUGAUCGUCCACUAACAGUUGAUGAUAGCACAGUUGACGAGCAAGAACCUUUCAAUAUAACAGUACAUGUUGAAAUAAAACCUAAAGACCCGUAUAUAAACGGCGGAGAUGACGUAGAGAAUGAAAAAGCACGCGAAAGGGAACUUCCGGUUUUUGAACAUGCUGAUUCGCCAGACUUUACCGAUAAUGACAGGCAAAAUGAACAAAGUCAAGACAGAUCAAACAAAGUGUUAUACUCAACAAGAGUGGACCAUAACUUCAGUCCGCGUUCAGAAAGUACGGAAGAUGGACUUAAGGUCAUUCGGCCUAAAAAUAUUGCUACGACCUCUAACCAGUUUGGCUUCGUUACCAAUAAGGUACAAUAUCCGGAUAGGUUUGUUCUCAGAGAAUCCUUGGUUGAAGAGGAAGAGGAUGAAAACGAGGCUCAUGUUGACAAUAGUUAUAUCGAAAAUAACGCUGGUAACGAAAACAAUGUAACUAAAACAGAUUCGAUUUCAACUUGAAUGUACACGGACAAUGGACGCUCUUGAAACAAAAUUUUAUGUAUAGCAACGUACCUUACAUGAUAUAGAAGAUUUUCUGGAUGAUAUUAAGUGUUCCGCACCUCUAUUCUAUCUGUUGUCAAUUAUCAAGCUCAUCACAUCUAUCAUUUUAUUUCAUAUACCGUUUCUAUCAAAUCAAAAUGCAUAAUGUGUGGUUAAUCGGUUGAAGGAAUGUGCAUGUAAGACGAUAAUGCAUUGCUAAGUCGGGUAUUCUAACACUUAGGGUUUAUCUUGCUCAUCGUGGUCUUUGUUUAAGAUAUAAAAAAUAACGUUAUCAUGUUUUAAUGAACUUCAUCUUUAUGUUCACGUUACAUCUUGUUGUGUUGUUUUUUAAAUUGUUUUUUUUUUAUAUUUAUGAAAAUACGUGAGAAAUAUUCGUAUAAUUAUAAUGAAGUAGAAUUAAUAUGGCACUGAAAAGUUUGGGGAUUUUUACUUACAUUUUUGUUAUUUCCAAAACAAUACUAAUACCACAUUAAGGGACCCUUCCUUUAACAGUUUGAUAUGAUUGUUGACUUAUGGCAUGAACGAGCUGCAUCCAACACAGUAUCCUGCUGCUGCUGCUGUUGUUGUUGUUGUUAUUGUUGUUUUUUCUAAAUAUAUCUUUUAUAUUUUUCAGAUCUUAUGAAAUUACAAUUACGCUACAUGAACCCAGAUGAACAAAGUUUUAAAAAAAAAUGUGUUCUAGUUAAAUGUAUUAGAAGUUUCAAAAUUGUAUAACUGAUCAUAGUCUAUAUAAAAUAGUAAAAAUACCCAUAAGAUACUAAAUUAGACUAUGAAUUAACUACUUACUACUCGUGGAGACAUGACCACUUCUGCAUCUUUCGACACAUUCAAUGUAAUUAUUUUUAUUGUUCCGACACAUUUUAUGUUAUUAUUUUUUACUGUAUUUUGCCUUUAAAUAUUUUAUUUGUUAACAUUUAAAAAACAAUACUUUAUCUUUUUAAACAACUUUCCGAAUUUUUAUAUAAAAAAUAUAAUUUAAAGGCGCCAUGCCCUUAUACGGGUAUAAUGUGCGAGGUUUCGGUUGUUCACGUGAAACAUCGGGUGUUUCAGUAAUCUUAAGUAAUGUCUCAUGCUACCAGGGGUUCUAGAAAACAAAAACAUGACGAGAAUACAUAUAAAAUAAUAUCUAAAAAAGUGUGUCAUGCUAAAACAAUUUUCUUUUGCAGUAUUUACAGUAGUAUAUACUGGAAUAAUGUCAAGUUCGUGCAUUGUGCAUUAAUUCAUACUGAAAAGUGCUAAUGAUUUUUAGUUUAAAUGUUACAUGUUAUUUAUUAUUUUGUUGUACUUGUCUGCACUGAUAAUGUGAUAUGUUAUGUUCUUCUUGCCUGGUUCUUGUGCAAUACAUGGUCAUAAAUAA